AUGGGAUACAUAUGUGAUUUUUGUGGAGACCAGAGGUCGAUGGUGUACUGCCGAUCUGAUGCAGCGUGUUUAUGUUUGUCGUGCGAUCGAAAUGUUCAUUCAGCGAAUACGCUUGCUCGAAGACAUUCGAGGACACUUUUAUGUGAGAGAUGCAGUUCAGAGCCUGCUUUGGUUAGGUGUUCGGAAGAGAAGAUUUCACUUUGUCAGAAUUGUGAUUGGUUAGGCCAUGGUAACUCUACGUCUUCCAAUCAUAAGAGGCAAACAAUCAAUUGUUACUCGGGAUGUCCUUCGUCGGCGGAACUGUCUUCGAUAUGGUCUUUUGUGUUGGAUAUUCCUUCUCUAAGUGAAACUACUUGUGAGCAAGAACUUGGUUUCAUGAGUAUUAACGAGAAUAGAAGUGCUUGGGUUGAUCCGAAAAACCAGAAUGCGUCUGAUUCGGAUAAAGUUACUGAUCGGCCUGAUUUGGAUAAAUCUUUCGUCGGUACAUCUUCAAUGCCCGAAUCAAGCAAAGAACCGCAGAUGGUCGACCUCCCUGAUGGACCUUCCAAUGAACGUGCGCCAAAGUUAUACUGUCCUGCUACAAAAUGCCCUGAAAUUAGUGAAGAUGAUGAUGAUUUGUAUGGCGAUUUCGAUAUGGAUGAAAUGGAUAUAAAUAUGGAAAACUAUGAUGAACUUUUCGGUAUGGCCCUCACUCAUUCUGAAGAGCUUUUUGAAAACGGUGGAUUUAACAGCUUAUUCAGAGCAAAAGCCAUGUCUGCUGGAGAUUCCAAUUGUCAAGAUGCUAUAGCUGCUGAGGGUUCAUCGAUUGGACACGUCAAUGCAGCGCAACCAGCAUGCAGCAAUGCAGCAUCAGCAGAUUCCAUAUUGAGUACUAAAACUGAACCGAAUUUUUGUAUUACGACAAAGCAAUCCCAAUCAAGUCUUUCUUUUUCUGGUAUUAAUGAAGACGGUUGUGGUGGAGAUUAUCAAGAUUGUGGAGCUUCUUCAAUGUUUCUCAUGGGAGAACCUCCUUGGUUAAACACUUGUCCGGAGAACGAGCUGCAGCUACAAUCUGCUAACCGCUGUAGUGCUGUUAUGCGAUACAAGGAAAAGAAGAAGACACGCAAGUUUGACAAAAGAGUGAGGUAUGCAUCUCGCAAGGAAAGGGCUGAUGUACGAAGACGCGUGAAGGGCCGGUUUGUCAAAGCUGGCGAGGCAUAUGAUUAUGAUCCUUUGAGCCAAACCCGAAGCUACUGA